CUCCUCUCCACACUCCACGCUCCGCGCUUCCAUAGAGAGUGAGCUCGCGGGGGUUGAGCUCUCUCCAUCGACGCCCAUGGCUUCUGCUUCCUCCCUCCUCUCCGCCGCCUCCGCCUCCGUCUCCGCCGCCUCCCCCGCCGCUCGCCGGAACCCUCUCCGCCUCCGCUCGCCGCCGCCGUCGCUGCCGCUUCUUCCUCUCGCGAGGAGGAGACUUAGGGUUCGGGCGGCUGAGACCGACGCGAAGGAAGCGAGGCCUGCGGCGCCGGAGAAGGCGCCGUCGCCGGCUGGUGCGGAGGGAUCGAACAUAAAUCAGCUGCUCGGCAUAAAGGGCGCGGCGCAGGAGACGGAUAAAUGGAAGAUUCGUCUUCAACUUACAAAACCUGUUACUUGGGCUCCAUUGAUAUGGGGAGUGGUUUGUGGAGCUGCUGCCUCUGGGAACUUCCAUUGGAAUGUUGAAGACAUUGCUAAAGCUAUAGUUUGCAUGAUAAUGUCUGGACCAUGUCUUACAGGUUACACACAGACACUUAAUGACUGGUACGACCGAGAUAUUGAUGCAAUUAAUGAGCCCUAUCGUCCCAUUCCUUCCGGCGCAAUAUCUGAGAAUGAGGUUAUCACCCAGAUAUGGGUGCUACUGUUAAGUGGCCUUGGAUUGGGAGCGCUAUUAGAUGUCUGGGCAGGACACAAAUUUCCUUUCAUUUUCUAUCUAGCAGUAGGUGGAUCUUUGCUUUCCUACAUUUACUCAGCUCCACCUCUAAAGCUUAAGCAGAAUGGGUGGAUUGGAAAUUUUGCCUUAGGGGCAAGUUACAUCAGUUUGCCAUGGUGGGCUGGUCAAGCUCUGUUUGGAACUCUGACUCCUGACAUUAUUGUCCUCACGCUUUUGUACAGUAUAGCUGGGCUGGGGAUUGCCAUUGUAAAUGAUUUUAAAAGCAUUGAAGGAGAUAGGGCUUUGGGGCUGCAGUCACUUCCAGUUGCUUUUGGUAUUGAUACUGCCAAAUGGAUAUGUGUUGGAGCAAUUGACAUUACUCAGUUAUCCGUAGCAGGUUACCUUCUUGCUUCUGGUAAGCCGUUUUAUGCGUUAGCGCUGCUUGGGCUGAUAACUCCUCAGGUGGUUUUUCAGUUCCAAUAUUUCCUGAAGGACCCUGUUAAGUAUGACGUGAAAUAUCAGGCUAGCGCUCAGCCCUUCUUGGUCUUGGGUCUUCUAGUAACAGCCCUAGCAACCAGCCACUGAUCAACAAUCAACCACCUUAAUCAAUUCGGGAUGAAGAUGGUCUCAUGCAUCUACACAGCUUUCGAACAUUUACACCAAGAGAGUAUGGGACCACAACUCAGUUUCCACGGUUCAUCCCGAGACCACAAUAUAGUGUUUAUAUCACCUCAAAAUGGUAAUUCUCUGCGCCGCCUUUUCCUAUUUCGCAUUCACCUGUUUCAAUUAACAUCCGUAAAACUUGGUGCUUAGAAAUGCUGGAGCAAUGGCUUUUCAGUUCUGGUUUUUGGCCAUGUUUUUUUUCCAUUAUUUUCUAGCUUGGCUUCUGUCAGGUUUAGUUUAUGUAUGUAUAUGGGUCACUUAGCUAUCUAUGUACUCUGGUCAUCAGAUCAUGUUUUACUUAAUCUCGCAUGUUCAAAUGAAAUCUUUUGUCAGCCUUUACUUCUUUC